UGGCGCUAGCUGCUGCAGAGGCUAAGCUAGCUGGUUCAGUCUGUAAUCUGUCAGCCUGCAGCUAAAAGCACGCAAACCUCUGGGCUCCACACACCACCGGAUUACUCUCAUUUUACAGUUGAAGAAGACCCUCUGAUGUGAUUGCAACUUUGGAUCAGAGAGCAGACUUACCGCCCAUACUCUCACAGUGGAUCUGCUGUCACCAGGCUACUGAGAGAAGAAUGACGUUUGUCCCGUUUUAAUUCCUGGGGCUGCUUUGGACAGAGUUGAGGCUGCAUAAAAAAGCUGCUGCUCUAAGCCAAGUUGCUCUUUUUCUCAGCCCAUUUCUUUGCAGCCCAGUGUGCAAGUGUUAUGGCUCUGGAGGCCAACUAAGCAAAAGGACAAAACUGGAGGAUUAUGUUGUGCAGCGGUAGUGGGGAAUGGACUAGGAGAGCACAGUGACAAACAUCAUGCUGUGGGGACACUAGGGUCCCUGUUUGAGCCCCCUCUGUGUGGUGCUUUUUUUUUUUUUUUUUUUUUUUUGCUUUUCCUCCAGUCUCCUCUGUUUGGAUGGUUGAACACAACGGAUACUUUGAAGGAGACCACCGGUGGCUGUGGUUUGGCCAAAGCUGACAGACUGCUUGCCAGCUAUUGCUGAUUUAAAACACUUGUCCACUUAUACCACUGCUGUAGCCCACAUCGCCGUGGUCUCCAGUAUGGUAAGCGGAGGCUGGAGGCAUCAUAAGACUGGAACUGAACCAUCAACACUGGGGUAGCUGGUUACUUUCCAUCUUUUUUUUUUUUUUUUUCCUGCACUCUGAAGGAUUACAUUCCAGUUUUCAAGGACUUAUUUUUUUUCUCAGUGCUGACAUAAAAAGCAGACAUAAAAAAAAAAAAAAAAAGGUCAUAAAAAAAAAAAAAAAAAAAUUCAAACCCCGGAAAGAGGACUGCUGCCUGGGAGGAUGAAGCUGAGGAAACAGGUGACAGUUUGUGGUGGGGCCAUAUUCUGUGUGGCUGUGUUCUCACUGUAUCUGAUGUUGGAUCGAGUCCAACAUGACCCUGCAAGGCGACAGACCGGCGGGAACUUUCCACGGAGCCAAAUCUCAGUUUUGCAGAACCGGAUAGAGCAGCUGGAGCAGCUCCUGGAGGAAAACCACCAAAUCAUCAGCCACAUAAAGGACUCUGUGAUGGAGCUCACAGACACAGGAGCUGUGUCUCCUAGUGGCCACCUGCCUUUCAGAAGUGCCAAUGGUUCCUGGGUCCUUCCCUUCGACGGCCGCCCCACUUUCCUGGCGGUUAAGCCACAAGAUUGCCAAUUUGCUGCAGGCAGCCGUGGUCAAACGGAUGUUCAGAUGCUGGAUGUGUACUCCAUCCUGAAGUUUGACAACCCUGAUGGCGGUGUAUGGAAACAGGGCUUUGACAUUACUUAUGAACCUGAAGAGUGGGACAAUGAACCGCUGCAAGUGUUUGUGGUCCCCCACUCACACAAUGAUCCAGGUUGGAUCAAGACUUUUGACAAGUACUUCACGGACCAGACGCAACACAUUUUAAACAACAUGGUGGUGAAGCUGGCGGAGGAUCCCCGCAGGAAGUUCAUCUGGUCUGAGAUUUCUUUCUUUGCCAAGUGGUGGGAGGGCGCAGACAUAUACAAGCAGGAGGCGAUGCGCAAACUGAUCCUUGGAGGGCAGCUGGAGAUUGUGACAGGCGGAUGGGUGAUGACGGACGAAGCAAACGUUCACUACUUUGCCAUGAUAGACCAGCUCAUUGAAGGGCAUCAGUGGCUGGAGAGAAAUCUAGGUAUUACUCCCCGCAGCGGGUGGGCGGUCGACCCUUUCGGCCACAGCGCUACGAUGCCCUACCUGCUGAAGAAAGCCAACCUGACCAGCAUGCUCAUCCAGCGGGUCCACUACUCCAUCAAAAAACACUUUGCCUCCACCCGCAGCCUGGAGUUUAUGUGGAGGCAGGCCUGGGACACUGGAUCCAGCACGGACAUGUUUUGCCACAUGAUGCCUUUCUACAGCUACGACGUUCCUCACACCUGCGGGCCCGACCCCAAGGUCUGCUGCCAGUUUGAUUUCAAGAGGUUACCAGGUGGUCGCAUUAACUGUCCCUGGAAGGUGCCGCCAAAACCUGUGGUGGAGGCCAAUGUAGCAGAGAGGGCAAACCUCCUCCUAGAUCAGUAUCGUAAAAAGUCCAAACUCUACCGCAGCAAGGUGGUCCUCAUCCCCCUGGGAGAUGAUUUCCGCUACGACAAGGCCCUGGAAUGGGAUCAGCAGUACAGCAACUACCAGAAACUGUUUGACUACAUGAAUUCUCACCCCGAGAUGCACGUUCAAGCCCAGUUUGGGACUCUCACCGACUACUUCAGUGCUGUAUACAAAGAACACGGAGUGCCCCAAGGGUCCAGACCUGCAGACUUCCCGGUGCUCAGUGGAGAUUUUUUUGCUUAUGCCGACCGCGAAGACCACUACUGGACCGGCUAUUUCACCUCCCGGCCUUUUUACAAGAGCCUGGACCGUGUUAUAGAGUCGCACCUCAGGGGGGCAGAGAUCCUCUACAGCCUAGCAGUUGCGAAUGCUCGUCAUGCUGGGAUGGAAGGGCGGUACCCGGUCUCAGAUUAUGCCCUGCUGGUCGAUGCGAGGCGGACUGUUGGCCUCUUUCAACAUCAUGAUGCCAUCACUGGCACUGCCAAGGAAAAUGUUGUUGUCGACUACGGUACUAGAUUACUGCGUUCGCUUAUCGGUCUGAAGAGAGUCAUUAUCAACGCUGCUCAUUUCCUGGUGAUGAAGAACAAAGAGUUUUAUCGCUUUUACCAGACAGAGCCAUUCCUAGAGACGGAUGACAGGCGGGCUACCCAAGACUCUCUGCCUCAGCGCACUUUAAUCGAGCUGGACCCUGCAGGGCCGAGGUAUCUGGUUCUGUUCAACCCCAUUGAGCAGGAGCGGCUGUGUGCUGUGACUGUGUUGGUCAAUACGGUCAGGGUGCGGGUGCUCACUGAGGACGGACAGACCCUGCCAGUGCAGCUGAGCGCUCAGUGGAGCUCUGCCAGUCAGAUGAGUGCAGAGGUAUUCGAGGCAACAUUCAUGGUUCGCCUGCCCCCCCUUGGUCUAGCUGUCUUCCACGUUUAUGACGCUCCUGACUCGCCCAUGACGCUCCGCUCCGACACCCUGCUGAGGCUGUCGGGUCGCGGCAUCACUGCUCGUGCCGCUGAUUCACUCCCCAUCCGCUCCCAGCAGUCCGACCCUCAGACCUUCUACAUCAGCAGUCAGACUCUCACUCUGGGCUUCUCCGGAUCCACCGGCCUGCUGGAGAGUAUCAAGCGUAAGGAUGAUCCUCAGGAAGUGAAGGUUCAGAUGCAGUUCAUGGUUUACGGCACUCGCCCCUCCAAAGACAAAAGUGGAGCGUACCUCUUUCUCCCUGACGGGAAAGCGAAGCCCUACAACCAGAAGGAGCCUCCCGUGGUGCGCGUGGUGGAGGGGCCUCUCUUCUCGGAGGUGGUGGCACACUACCAGCACUUUCAGCAGACCAUUCGCAUUAACAACGUGCCAGGUGUGGAUGGGUUGUCGAUAGACAUCAGCACCGCGGUGGACAUCAGAGAUCAGACCAAUAAGGAGCUGGCUAUGAGGCUAGAAACAGACAUCCAGAGUGGAGGCGUCUUUUACACGGAUCUCAACGGCUUCCAGAUGCAGCCUCGUCAACACCACCUCAAGCUCCCCCUGCAGGCCAACUUCUAUCCAAUGCCCAGCCAGGCGUACAUCCAGGACAGCCAUCACCGCCUCACGCUGCACACUGCUCAGUCUCUUGGCGUCAGCAGCCUCGAGAAUGGCCAGCUUGAAGUGAUUAUGGACCGACGGCUGAUGCAGGAUGAUAACCGUGGGCUGGGUCAGGGCCUGAAGGACAACAAGAAGACGGCGAACCGCUUCCGCCUGCUGCUGGAGAGGAGAUCCACGGGCAACAAGAUGGAAGACAGUGCAACAACAAGCUUCCCGUCUAUACUCAGUCACAUGACCAACGCCUUCCUGAACCACGAGGUCCUCGCGCUGCCCGUCCUGCCAAAAAGACGCGGGAUCCCUCCUCUGCAAACCUUCGCCCCUCUCAAGUCCCUUCUGCCCUGCGACUUCCACAUGCUGAACCUGCGCAGCAUCCAGAGCCAGAAGGACCCCCACUCUCCGUCUCCGUACACAGCUAUGAUUCUUCACCGUCUGGCGAUGGACUGCGGCGUCGAGGCUCAAAACCUCGGCUUCAACUGCACCACCACACAAGGAGAGCUGAGUGUAUCAGGACUCUUUAAGAACCUGGACCUGCAGCUGCUCCAGCCUGUCUCCCUGACUCUGAUGCACUCCAGCACGCCUCUGGCCAACGACUCCUCCAUCAGCCUUGAUCCCAUGGAGAUCUCUGCCUUUAAGCUCAAGCUGCGCUAAAAGCUAUUCACACUCAAAGAGGCAAUAAAAAACAAAAAACAAACCAUACUCCUUGGACCAAGAACCAGUCCGAAACUGGCCACAUACUGGCAACAGAGGGCUCUGAGUCUCUCUGUCUUUGCCGAGCAGAACCACAAACACUACAGCUGCGAGAGGACGGCUCCAUUGUAACAGGACCGACUGCACAGCAGGGGGCAGGCGAUGGCUGUUACUGUGGAUGUCUCUGAGAGCAGAAAAAAAACAAAAACCUCCCUGAACUCGCAGCGACACAUGAAAGACUGCAUGGAUCAGAUAAAGUCGGGGAUCUCUCUGUAAUCAAAAAAUGAAAUCUGAAUCGGUUCUGCUUUUUAAGAACGUAUGUCUUUUUUCUAUCUUUGCUCCAUCCUGGACUGAACUACUGAAUGUAAAUAUAUCCAAAUGACCUAAGGGGGGGGAGGAGGGGGCCUGGGACUCGUGCCACAUCAGAGUGCAAUUUACAAAGCUUUAUUUGGUGAAUGGGUUUCUAAUUUUUCUAUGUACGCGGUGAAGGAGACGCAUCACAGCAAUCUUUUUUUUUUUUUAAAUAUACUUGACUGCAAUUUCAUUAUUUGUUCCCGACAGACUCGAAUGCAGCAAAGAGAAUGUGUUGUCUCGUCAUCUCAAACUGCGGAACUGUGGCUCUGUAAGCUAACAAAGAUGUCCGCGUCCGAGAGUCCCACGUCACCACGGGAUAAAAAUGCGAUCUUUUAUCAUAUCAGAUGACUGUAUACCCUCUGUUGGCUGCUUGUACAUAGUCUGAACACUUUCUUUCACUUCUCCCCCCUCCCACCCCCGAGCCUCAUUUCUGCUGAUGAAAAAAACAAAACAAAUCUGUGCAGGAGGAUCUGUGCAUUUCAACGUUCCUGUCAGUCAUUCCUGUGUUUGAACUUCACCACUGAGAGUUUGGCUGUGUUUACCACGCUAUAUGCAGUAGAAGAGUAGACAAAGACUAUACCUCAUUUAUUCCACGUGGCAGAUAAUUCAGUGUGUGUCUGUAUGUUCAUGUGAGAUUACAGUGUGCACUAUCAGGGAACAUUCACAGCACUGUUUGGCCUCAUUAUGUUAGUAUGGAUGUCUGUGGUAGGCAGUGGGGUCUUAUCUUUUGAGGAGGGAGGGAGCUUUGUGGAACCAUAGUUAAACGUAAUAUUAAUCUAUUAAAAAAAGCAAACAGACAAACUAACUCGAGUGGUGUCGCUCUCAUCAGAUGGAUUUAUUUUCAGAUAUCUGCUUGGAGCUGCUUCCAGUGUUGGUGUGCGUAUUGAUUGACCCCUUUAAAAAAAAUGUCCAAAUUACUGAAAUUCGCUCGGGACUAUCGAUGAACUCUGGAGUGUAUAUAACCACAGAAUAGCAGAUAUUUCUUGGAACAAGUUGCAGUCUCACUCACUAAAUGAACCUGGAACAAUUGAAUUCAUUAUCAAGAUUGCUGUUGAUCUUUUCUUUUUUAAAUUCAUGACUGCACUUUAUUUGUCAUUAUCACCCUUAUACAAGCUAAAUGGAAUAUGAAUUUUGUGCUGAAAGCAUUAAAAUGUUCUAUUUGGGGGAUAAAAGUGGACAACAUGCUGUCAUUCCUGAAACGCUUUGCCAUUGAUCAGAAAUAUUUCACUGAUCGUGCUGAGGCUGAUUCCAAAUCAGCUCGUAUUUUAGGUUGAUUCAGAGUUCGGUGUGAUCAUUUGAAAAUAUUUUAUUUUAGAAAAAAAAGCAUAAAAAACCUGCUUGAUUUCCAGUGUGCUGUUGGUGUGCACUCUGAUAUGACCAUGGGUUACAUAAAAGAGAUGGAUGUUUCUCACAGCUGCACAAAAUGAAAGCAGCUCUGCUUCAGCAACAUCCACCAAAUCAAACAAAAUAUAUUAAAUGGAAAAGAAAAAAAAAAAGGUUUUCAGCUAUUGGCAAUGUGAUGAAGAGGUUCCAGGUUGCAUCUCCUCAUGCACAUAUAAAACAGCAGACUUUGUGAAUUUCCUGUAUGACAAAACAGGAAAAAAAAAAACUAUAAAUGGGAAAGCGGCAGUGAGUGAAAACUGGGUGGGACAGUGUGUCUUGGAAGGAAAUGUUGCUGCUAAAUUUUUUAGAUGUCAUUUUUCAAAGCUGUGAACGCUUUGAGUCAAACUCCAUUCAUCUCCAUGGCUGGUUGCAGUCUCUGGAGAGGGUUUCUUAAAAGUUCAACAAAAAACAAAAACUGUCUGUGCUUCAAGACCUCAUUUGAGAUAAAAACUUAAUUUGGAUGAAAUGGUCCAUUUAAGAAAUUGUAUCCAAACAAACACAGGGUUUCUCAGUUUCUUCAAAUGGAGCUGUUUUUUUGUAUUCCAGCUCCGCUGUGGCUCUUAUCCCAAGGCCUUACUUUGCAGCAUGCUCUGCCUCCACAGUGGCCGUGGAGGAUGUGUUCAUCUGUGUCCAAAGCUGAGGCCGAACUCCUCGCAGCUCACCUGUGUCCCAUCACUUUAACCGCUCACCUGCUUCAUUCUUCAUGAGGCCUCCUGCCGCUCUCCUCCUCUCUGCCCGACGUCUGGUUAUUAUCACAGUUCAAAAACUCCCCACUCAUUCUCUUAACAUUUCUGUAACACCAGACUUCACUGCUCCUUCGAUUGCACUUUCUCCUGCCAUCUUCAGACCUUGCUACGACCGCCUCUCCCUCAUUUCUGUGUGUCUCAGUCUCUGUAUAGAUGUCCUUUUUUUAUUUUUUAGAAUGUGAUACCCGUGUAACGCUGUUUCUGUUUGUUCAGAGGUAAUAUAAGAAGGUAAUAUUUCAUCUAUUUGUUAAUUCAUGAUGGAUUUAAGCUGCAGAGGAACAGAGGAGAUGAAUAAAAAUCACUUUAUCUGAAACUAA